CUAGGCGUGUCGCCCCCCUCCCCCCGGGCCCCGCGGCCGUGCCCGUGCCCUCCCCGGCGGGUCCUUCUCCUCUCUCCGGGGCGAGCCCCGCGCCCCCUCACGGGUCCCUGUGGCCGCUUCUCCUAGACGCCGCCGCCGCCAUGUCGUCGCUGCUGCCCAAGCCGCAGAUGAGGGGCCUCCUGACCAGGCGGCUCCGCUUCCACGCCGUGGGCGCCUUCGUGUUCUGCUUCGGCUCGGCCUUGAUCUACAAGUUUGGUGUGGCUGAGCCCAGAAAGCGAGCAUAUACCGAAUACUAUAAAAACCAUGACCCCGUAGCGAGCUUUGAGGCUUUGAGGGAAGCUGGUGUCUUUGAGAGUGUACGGCCGAAGGGAAAAUAAGCAGCCUCCACAGAUCCCUUCCCUCCAAGGAGACUUGACAACUGAAAUUUGUUUAUUCACUGAACCAUAAAGUGUAAUGCACUUCAAUGCUGAACCUGCUCAAGUGUAACUCAAUAAACUAAAUGCUUGGAUCUAA